AUGAAUAAAUUACUUGUAAUUAUUUUGGCGAUCUGUCUAGCACAGGCUCACGCUUAUGUAAAACGCGAUGUGGAACCUACAAAGAAUAAAUUAUCUUUAGAAAGCAUUAAAAAGCAAAUACAGGAUAUUUCGAAGAUAAUUAGUAGCAAAUUAUCCGACACUUUAAAUGCUGACCAGAUAAAGAAUAAUUUUAACAAAGUCUUUGAUAAUCUCGGUAACGCGUUACAUUUGGAAAGGAAGGUUGAAAAUCCCACUCUAGAAGCAACAACACACGAGGAGGUAUUCAAAUUGAUGCAUACGUUAUAA